GCUUGGCGCAACUUGACUUUCUACAUCCAAUGCAGUGCAGUGCUUUGAUGUCCCAGGACGUCUCGAUGCCCAUAUCAUCACACGACCAGAAAGACGCCUGGCUUUAGCUGCUUCUCCCGGUCUUCUGCCACAAUGUCUGUCCAGGCCCCUCCCGCAACGUACCGUUGCUGCCGUCUCGCAACCCAGAUCCAGAAACGAAGUCUAUCCUCACAAUGCCUGCGGCUCUCGUCCACGAGCUCUCUUAACCAACAAAGACGGAGGACGAGCCCGACACAAUCCUUAAGAUCGCGAAGAUGGCAAUCGACCGAAGCGGCGGCUACGCCGGAGAACCCGAAGAUCGCUAGCAUCGUGGACCAAAUAUCACAACUGACGCUUCUCGAGACAGCCGACCUUGUCGCCAGCUUGAAGUCGCGUCUCAAUAUCCCCGAUAUGGCUUUCGCAGCCCCAGCUGCCGCCCCUGGAGCAGGCUCCGCCGCCGCCGCAGCACCAGCCGAAGAGGAGGAAGCCGCACCGGCACCUGCGGAGAAGACCAUGUUCACCUUGAAGCUGGAGUCGUUUGAUGCCGCUGCCAAACCCAAGAUCAUCAAGGAAGUCAAGAGCAUGCUUGGCCUGAGUUUGGUGGAUAGCAAAAAGUUCGUCGAGAGCGCGCCCAAGGUUCUGAAGGAAAGUGUGCCCAAAGAAGAUGCCGAGAAGAUUGUUGCGGCUAUGAAGGCGCUCGGGGCUGUUGUCAAGAUGGAGUAAAGUCGGACUACAUAUGGUGGCCACGCAUAAUUCUUGCGAAGCUAGGCAAACGAACCGGCAAAGAAUCUCCGGAAUCGCGGUAUCUUGCCUGGGGUGUCAAAUGGUUUUCAUGGGGAUCAACAGUUGUGGCAAAAGAUUGGGAAGCGUCCUCCGUCGAUGUCCUCCUCGCGAACCGUGUCCGGCUACGAGUUCCAAGGGAACAGUUCUGCUUGCCGUUCCUGAGACGCAUCUUCCAGGAUGCCCCCAACCGAUGUAUCGCGUUUUGUCAAGGCGAAUGUCUACUCAAGCGCCUUGUGUAACUAUAGCCUAUAAGCUGGCGAAGCGAAGACUUGGGAUCCUUUAAAAAAAUGUACAUUUUGGAAUACAUCUGCUCUCGAGCACCCUUUAGCAAGCAUAUCAACAGGGUAGUUACGGUGGACAUCGCCUUCCAAAGCAUUCUAUAGCCCCUGUAGCUUCUGUGCUGUGAGCAAGCACUAUAUGCAGAAUCUCACGCCAGUCUACCACAUAAUUCUAUGUCUAUCAAAUGUCCC